ACCCCACCUCCUGAGGCCGAUCCUGAGGGGAAGUAUGAAGCACUGGAAAACUAUGGAAAAGAUUUGACAGCCAUGGCAAAAGCAGGGAAGCUUGACCCAGUGAUAGGAAGAGAUGAUGAAAUACGCAGGUGCAUACAGAUUCUUUCCAGGAGAACAAAGAACAAUCCUGUCCUAAUUGGAGAGCCUGGAGUAGGGAAAACAACGAUUUCUGAAGGGCUUGCUCAAAGAAUUGUUCAACGUGACGUACCUCAGGCUCUAAGGAUUCGUAAGCUAAUAUCACUUGACAUGGGUUCCCUCAUUGCUGGGGCAAAAUAUCGGGGAGAAUUUGAGGAUAGGCUGAAGGCUGUACUCAAGGAAGUUACCGAAUCAGAUGGCCAAAUUAUACUCUUCAUUGAUGAGAUUCAUACAGUUGUUGGUCCAGGUGCCACAAAUGGUGCAGUGGAUGCAGGCAAUCUGUUGAAGCCUAUGCUUGGUCGAGGAGAGUUGCGUUGUAUCAGUGCAACAACCCCAAAUGAAUAUCGCAAGUAUAUUGAGAAAGACCCAGCAUUGGAGCGUCAUUUUCAUCAAGUUUAUGUUGAUCAACCUACGGUUGAAGAUACCAUUUCUAUACUACGGGGACUACGUGAAGGAUAUGAGCUACAUCAUGGAGUCCGCAUUUCUGACAGUGCACUUGUGGAAGCUGCAAUUCUUUCGGACCGUUACAUCAGUGGCCGAUUUUUACCCUAUAAAGCUAUUGACCUAGUUGAUGAAGCAGCUGCCAAACUGAAAUUGGAAAUUACUUCAAAACCGACUGUCCUUGAUGAGAUCAACCGUUCAGUGUUGAAGCUGGAGAUGGAGAGGCUUUCUCUUAAAAAUGAUACAGAUAAAGCUUCUAAAGAUAGGUUGUAUCGGAUUGAAGCUGAGUUGUCUAUCCUCAAGGAGAAGCAAGCCCAGCUGACUGAACAGUGGGAGCAUGAAAAGUCUGUCAUGACCCGCAUUCAGUCUAUCAAAGAAGAGGUAUAUCCCGAGGGGAAGUAUGAAGCACUGGAAAAAUAUGGAAAAGAUUUGACAGCCAUGGCAAAAGCAGGAAAGCUUGACCCAGUGAUAGGAAGAGAUGAUGAAAUACGCAGGUGCAUCCAGAUUCUUUCCAGGAGAACAAAGAACAAUCCUGUCCUAAUUGGAGAGCCUGGUGUGGGGAAAACGGCGAUUUCUGAAGGGCUUGCUCAAAGAAUUGUUCAAGGUGACGUACCUCAGGCUCUAAUGAAUCGUAAGCUAAUAUCACUUGACAUGGGUUCCCUCAUUGCUGGGGCAAAAUAUCGGGGAGAAUUUGAGGAUAGGCUGAAGGCUGUACUCAAGGAAGUUACAGAAUCAGAUGGCCAAAUUGUACUCUUCAUUGAUGAGAUUCAUACAGUUGUUGGUGCAGGUGCCACAAAUGGUGCAAUGGAUGCAGGCAAUCUGUUGAAGCCUAUGCUUGGUCGAGGAGAGUUGCGUUGUAUUGGUGCAACAACCCUGAAUGAAUAUCGCAAGUAUAUUGAGAAAGACCCAGCAUUGGAGCGUCGUUUUCAGCAAGUUUAUGUUGAUCAACCUACGGUUGAAGAUACCAUUUCUAUACUACGGGGACUACGUGAAAGAUAUGAGCUACAUCAUGGAGUCCGCAUUUCUGACAGUGCACUUGUGGAAGCUGCAAUUCUUUCAGACCGUUACAUCAGUGGCCGAUUUUUACCCGAUAAAGCUAUUGACCUAGUUGAUGAAGCAGCUGCCAAACUGAAAAUGGAAAUUACUUCAAAACCAACUGUCCUUGAUGAGAUCAACCGUUCGGUGUUGAAGCUGGAGAUGGAGAGGCUUUCUCUCAAAAAUGAUACAGAUAGAGCUUCCAAAGAUAGGUUGUAUCGGAUUGAAGCUGAGUUGUCUAUCCUCAAGGAGAAGCAAGCCCAGCUGACUGAACAGUGGGAGCAUGAAAAGUCUGUCAUGACCCGCAUUCAGUCAAUCAAAGAAGAGAUUGACAGAGUAAAUCUUGAGAUCCAGCAGGCUGAACGUGAGUAUGAUCUUAAUCGUGCUGCUGAACUGAAGUAUGGGAGCCUCAACUCUUUGCAGCGACAACUUGGAAGUGCAGAAAAAGAGUUGGUCGAAUAUAUGAAAUCUGGAAAGUCCAUGCUGAGAGAGGAAGUUACUGGAAGCGAUAUUGCUGAAAUUGUUAGUAAAUGGACGGGUAUCCCUGUUUCCAAGCUCCAACAAUCAGAAAGGGAGAAGCUAUUACAUUUGGAGGAAGAGCUGCAUAAACGCGUUGUGGGCCAAGAUCCUGCCGUGAAAGCGGUAGCUGAGGCUAUUCAGCGAUCUCGAGCUGGUCUCUCAGAUCCACGCCGCCCAAUUGCUAGUUUCAUGUUCAUGGGUCCCACCGGUGUUGGAAAGACAGAACUAGCCAAGGCACUUGCUUCAUACUUGUUCAACACAGAAGAAGCUCUUGUUAGAAUUGAUAUGAGUGAAUACAUGGAAAAGCAUGCAGUUUCAAGAUUAAUUGGGGCCCCACCUGGUUAUGUGGGAUAUGAGGAAGGUGGACAGCUGACAGAGACAGUUCGCAGGAGGCCAUAUGCAGUCAUUCUCUUUGACGAGAUAGAGAAGGCCCAUUCUGAUGUUUUCAAUGUGUUCCUUCAGAUUUUAGAUGAUGGGAGAGUAACUGAUUCCCAGGGUCGCACUGUGAGUUUUACAAACACUGUCAUAAUUAUGACAUCAAAUGUGGGUUCACAGUAUAUACUCAACACAGAUGAUGAUGUCUCACCAAAGGAAUUAGGAUACGAAACCAUUAAGCAGCGGGUAUUGGAUGCUGCAAGAUCAAUCUUUCGUCCUGAGUUUAUGAACCGGGUUGACGAGUACCUAGUUUUCCAACCUAUGGACCGCGAUCAGAUAAACACCAUCGUCAAGUUACAGUUGAAACGAGUACAAAAGAGGCUUGCAGACCGGAAGAUAAAAAUUCAGGUGACCGAAGCAGCUGUUUUGCUACUUGGAAAUCUUGGGUAUGACCCAAACUAUGGUGCUUGGCCAGUCAAGCGAGUGAUUCAACAGAAUGUUGAAAAUGAACUCGCAAAGGGAAUCUUAAGAGGAGAGUUUAAGGAUGAAGACACGGUGUUAAUAGACACUCCAGAGACAGCAAUUUUUAAUGGCCAGCUAAGCCAACAAAAGCUGGUUUUCAAGAGGCUUGAAUCUGGAACAGAUUCUCCAGCUGCAGAGGAUAAAGGAGUCUUCUCACCAACUCUUUGAACUUGUAUUUAGUUUCAUUAUGCCUAAAUUUUGACAAAAAGAUUAUAUGCUAAUAUUAAUGAGUUUCUUUUCUUGUAUAUUACAUGUUUUCUUAUAGAAAUUACAAGCUUCGAGUUAGUCAAUGGUUAAUAUAUCUUGUAUUU